AACCACACGAUUCUUUGCCAGUUUAAAGUUUGUUUAUAGAGCAGGACCCUACGCCAACUGGCUCUGACUCGGGCACUGGCGUCAUGGCUCGGUAGAGCCUGGUCUAUACUUGUUCUUACCAACUGCAUAAGGAAGACCAAUUUCGAUCACGACUAGCAGAAGAGCGCGUCGGCGGGCUGCAAUCUCCUGUGUCUGCACCGCGAAAUAGCUUGCGCCGCGCCCAGCAGGAGCUGCCUGCGGGCUAGAAGGUGCCAUGUCGGGAGCCUUCGCGGCGCGCACGGCGCUGGAGGAGUCAGACAAGGGCCGCGUGGACCGUACGCGCGUGAAGCGCUAUUGGCCCGGCAAGGCGCCCGAAUGGGCGGAGCAGCAGGAGGAGGCGGAGGCGGCCGCGGCUCCGCGGGACCGUGUGCGCACCGAGGUGGCAGCGCCGGUCAUUGUGCGCAGGGCUGACGACCCCCGCCUGGCCCGCCUGCAGCAGUCGCGGGGGGCGGACCGGGAGGAGGCACUGCAGGAGCGCCGUCAAAUCCGGGCGGCGGAGAUAGUGCGCGUGAAACGAGAGCGAAGCGAGGAGCCCGAUGGCGACGGCGGCGGCGAGGGCGACGGCGGCGCCGGGGGGCCGCAGGCGCGGCGGCGGGCGCGGAGCGAGGAGCCGAGCGAGGAGGCGGAUGAGGAGGAGGAGGAGGCGCAGCUGAGGCGGCGGCGGCGGGGGGAGAGCGAGGAGCCGGAGGCGGAGCAGCCAGUGCUGGAGGGCGACGUGCCGGCGGAUGAGAUGCAGCGGCGUGUGGCGCGGCGGCGGGCGGCGGAGGGCCAGGGCCACAAGGAGGAGGAGGAGGACGACGAGGAGGCGGUGGCGAGGCGGCGCGCGGCGGUGCGCGAGAGGCUGCUGCAGCAGCAGCGCGAGGAGGAGGAGCGGCGCCGGCAGCAGCAGCAGGAGGAGGAGUCGGAGGAGGAGGAGGAGGAGUCGUCCGAGUACGAGACAGACGACGAGGAUGACGGACCGGGCGGUCGGCUGCUGAAGCCCGUGUUCGUGCCCAAGCACGCGCGCGACACUGUGGCGGAGCGCGCGGCCCUGGAGGAGGAGGAGGAGGCGGUCGUGGAGAAGGACAGGGCGCGCAAGGCGGCACGCAAGGAGGAGACCAAGGCCAUCCUGGCGGAGCAGAUGGCUCUGGAGGCGGCGGCCGCCGCCGCCGCCGCCGCGGGCCCGGCGGGUGUGGACGACAUCGACACGGACGACGACGAGGAGCCGGUGGCGGCAUACGAGGCGUGGAAGGGCCGAGAGCUGAGGCGCAUCAAGCGCGACCGCGAGGAGCGUGAGACUGCGGAGCGCGAGGCGGCGGAGAGGGAGCGGCUCAAGAACAUGACGGAGGAGGAGCGGGCGGCCUGGGAGAAGGCCAACCCCAAGGCUGUCCGCGAGGCGUCGCCCAAGGCCAAGUGGAACUUCCUCCAGAAGUACUGGCACAAGGGCGCGUUCUUCCAGGAGACAGCGGACGACACGCGCGGCACCACGGGUGUGGACGACAUCUUCAAACGCGACUACUCCGCCCCCACCGGCAUGGACAAGUUCGACAAGUCCAUGCUGCCCAAGGUCAUGCAGGUCAAGAACUUCGGGCGGGCGGGGCGCACCAAGUACACACACCUGCUGGACCAGGACACCACACAGGUGGAGGACGAGCUGUAUGCGGCCACCAAGGACAACAUCGUGCGGCGCAAGGAGCAAGCGCUGGCGGCGGCGCAGGUGUUUGCAAAGCCGCGGAAGUUCAAGAGGUAGUAUGUGAUAUGUGCAUGUUGAGGAGGUGGGGAGGUGCGGAGGUGCUCGUGUGGAGGUGUGUGUGUAUGUGUGUGUGUGGCCUUGACGUGGCGUUGGUUGUGGCCAAGCACACAAACGGUGGCGGUGUGUGUGGGGGGCCUCAGAGGCGAGUGAGGCGGCGCCUGGCGGCGACAGGGGCGCCUGGCGGUAGGAGAUGAAGUGGAGGAGUCGGGUUGGCGGGAGGAAAGGUCAAGCGAGGUGUGAGAGGGGCGAGGGGAGGCGGCUGCAACGCGGCGAGAGGAGGAGGACGGAUUAGCAGGCGGGAAGGAGAGGAGGCGGAGGCGUUGGAGGUGGAGGUGGAGGAGGUGGAGUUGAGCCGUGCCCGGUAGGUUGUAGGCAGUGGUUCGGGCGGCUGCAGAGGCGGUGAGCUGGCACAGGCAGUGCGGGGCAGCUGCGAUGCAACGGCGAGGUUACUGCGAUGCUGAGGGUGUCGUGGCUGGCCUUGGCAGCAGUCGCAACGGACUAACGAAAUGCGUGGUCCGGACAUGCCAACCUGCCAAAGACCCACGGACCCCUGAGGGCGGGGCGGUGGCGGGCAGGGGGACAGGUGUGCCGUGAUGCACGUGUACUGUGGUGAAGGCGAGGGUGCGAGGCACAGGGCGGCAAUCAC